CUGAGCGUUCCAUUCAAAUUGCUAUUUUUCACCAUCGCCGACCCGAUUCAUCGUCCUUCUCGCCCAUUUUCGAAGCCCAGUUCCGUUCAUCCAUCAUCCAUCAUCCAUCAUCCUCACCGUCGACCCCACACACCAUCGCCGACCCGAUUCCUCAUCCUCCUCCCCCAUCUUCCAGGUCCAGCUCCGUUCAUCCAUCAUCCUCACCGAAGCUCUCUGCUCUGCUCAAUAAGCCAUCGCCGACCCACGCAAGCCACGCCCCAUCGCCGAGCUGUUACCGACCCAAACCCCAUCGCUGAUCUUUCUCCACUCUACAGAUCUUGAUGGCAGCUUUCCCGACUGAUGAGGGAGACUCCUUUUCUUCUUCCACUCACAAGUGGGACUAUGAUGUCUUCUUGAGUUUUAGAGGUAAAGAUACUCGCCAUGGUUUUACCGGCCAUUUAUAUCAGGCUUUGUGUGACGGAGGUUUCAAGACCUUCUUUGAUAAUAAAGAUCUCCAGAGAGGUGAAGAAAUUUCAGCACAACGUAUCAAAGCCAUUAAAUCAUCAAUGAUUUCAAUUAUCAUAUUCUCUCAAAACUAUGCAUUUUCCACUUGGUGCCGUGAAGCACUUACCGAAAUUCUUGAGUGUAAGAAAAAUGGACAAAGAGUUUUACCAGUUUUUUACAAAGUGGAUCCAUCUGAAGUACGCAAGCUGGGAGGCAGUUUUAAAUUAGCAGCUAGUUUGUCUGGAUGGCAUCAUGAGGAUGGUUCUCCUGAAUAUAAGUGUAUCAAAGGAAUUAUUAGAGUGGUAUCAAUUACCAAAUUAAAUCGCACAGAGUUAUCUGUUGCUAGAUAUCCAACUGGAAUAGAUUCUCGCGCAGAAGUCAUAGAAAGUCUUUUAGAUAUCAAGUCAAAUGAUGUUCGCAUGGUUGGAAUUCAUGGCCUUGGAGGAAUAGGAAAGACUACAAUUGCAAAAGCUGUUUAUAAUAGAGUUGCUGAUCUAUUUGAUGGAAGUAGCUUCCUAAUGAAUGUUAGAGAAAAUUCAGGAACAGAUAGUAGCAUAAUCAAACUACAAGAGCAACUUCUUUCUGAGAUCUUAGGGAGCAAAGAAUUAAAGGUGCACAGUACAUCCAGAGGAAUCAAUGUGAUCGAAGAAAGACUUUCGAGUAAAAAGAUUCUUUUGAUUCUUGAUGAUGUGGAUAAAUUGGGCCAAGUAGAAAAUUUUCUUGGAAAAUGUGAUUGGCUUGAUAAAGGAAGUAGAGUUAUUAUAACCACAAGAGAUAGACGUGUGCUAGCCACUCUUGAAAUUGAUCCUUUAAUCUACGAGGUUGAGCAAUUGUAUCAACAUGAAGCUCUUCAACUCUUUAGUAAGUGUGCCUUCAAAAAAGACGAACCUGAGGCAGAUUAUUUACUACUUACAAAUCAAUUCAUAAGUUAUGCCAGUGGCCUUCCAUUAGCUCUAGAAUUUAUAGGUUAUAAUUUACGUGCAAGAAAAAACAUUUGCCAAUGGGAAAAUGAAUUAGAAAAGUAUAAGAAUAUUCCAAACAAAGAAAUUCAAAAUAUACUAAAAGUAAGUUUUGAUGGAUUGGACAAAACUGAAAAGGAUAUCUUCCUCGAUAUUGCAUGUUUCUUCAAAGGAUGGUCCAAAAAUUAUGUUGUGGAUAUCUUAGCUACCUGCAAUUUAUAUCCGGAUUCUGGUAUUUCAAAUCUUAUUGAUAAGUGUCUCAUAAGGGUUGAAUCUGACGAGUUAUGGAUGCAUGACUUGAUACAACAAAUGGGUAGAGAAAUUGUUCGACAAGAAUCAAAUGUGCUUGGAAAACGUACAAGGCUAUGGUGUUAUGAUGAUGGUUUAGAAGUUCUUACAGAAAAUACGGGUUCAGAUGAAAUUCGAGGCAUAAUUUUGUGCUCUGAUGAACCAACAAAGGUUACAUUGGCAGCUAACGCUUUCAAAAGGAUGGGAAAUCUCAAAUAUCUUAUAGUUCAUAAUGUGCACAUUUGUAAAAAACUUAAAUUUCUCCCGAACGGAUUAAGGAUUCUUGAUUGGCCUAAUUAUCCUUUUCCAUUACCAUCCAAUUUUUGUCCUCAAAAACUUUUUGAACUCAAGAUGCCAUGUAGUAGUCGAAUUCGAUUAGAGACGUUAUUUAAGCAGGAGUCUCAAUUCCCGAAUUUGAAACGUAUCAACUUCUAUAAAUGUGUGUCUAUUACAAAAGUACCUAAUUUAUGCGCCCCAAAAUUAGAGGAAUUGGACCUUUCAUAUUGCAAAAAUUUAGUUGAAUGUCAGCAGGAGUCUCAAUUCCAGAAUUUGAAAUGUAUCAACUUCUAUAAAUGUGCGUCUAUUACAAAAGUACCUAAUUUAUGCGCCCCAAAAUUAGAGGAAUUGGACUUUUCAUAUUGCAAAAAUUUAGUUGAAUGUCAUCAGGAGUCUCAAUUCCAGAAUUUGAAACGUAUCAACUUCUAUAAAUGUGUGUCUAUUACAAAAGUACCUAAUUUAUGCGCCCCAAAAUUAGAGGAAUUGGACCUUUCAUAUUGCAAAAAUUUAGUUGAAUGUCAGCAGGAGCCUCAAUUCCAGAAUUUGAAACGUAUCAACUUCUAUAAAUGUGUGUCUAUUACAAAAGUACCUAAUUUAUGCGCCCCAAAAUUAGAGGAAUUGGACCUUUCAUAUUGCAAAAAUUUAGUUGAAUGUCACAAGUCCAUUGGAUAUCUUGAGAAGCUUCAAAAAUUGCAUCUUUUAGGUUGUGAAAAACUUCAAAAUCUUCCAAGCGAUCUCAUGUGGAAAUCUCUCGACACUUUGAAUAUUUUUUCCUGCACAAGUCUUGAUUUUUUUCCUUUCCUCUUCAACGAAUGGCCUUUCACUUGGUAUAAGGAAAUGAAGUGGUUUCAUGGUUUAUAUAGCUAUUGCUGUAAAAAUGUUGUGGAUCUUGAAGAUAUCAUCUAUAAAUUACCACCGUCUAAGAUAUUAUGUAUAUAUGCUGGCAAAUCGAGACCCUGGUGUGGACGUGGUACUUUUAUAAAGUCAUAUGCGUUUCUAGAUCUAAGCAACGUUCAAAAUCUAGAUCUGAGUAAUGUUGGAAAUCUAAUUGAAUUAGAUUUUUUAAUGAAGUUUGAUUACUUUCCUGUAUUGGAACAUUUAUACUUAAAUGAAAUCAAUAUUAUUACCAUUCCGGAAAGCAUCACUAAGUUCACUAGAUUAAAGACAAUUGGAAUAAAAUGUUGUAAGUAUCUUCGGGAAAUUCCAAGGCUUCCACUAUCUAUAAGAGGAGUGUAUAUACUAAACUCCCAUUCGAUACAUCCACAGUCAUCAAAUAGAUUGUUCAAUCAGUUUGGAGAAUUUUGCCUACCACAACAAAAUCAAUCUGAUUGCGAGGAUUAUGAACUUAUACUACCUGGAUCAGAGAUUCCAAAGUGGUUCAAUCAUCAAAGUGUUGGAAAUUCCAUUUCAUUCUGGGUCGGUCCUGAUUGUGAUUAUCUAAAAUUUGCUUAUUGUGUUGUUUUGGAACCGAAUGAAUGGAAUGCUACUGUUCAAGUCUCCUUGAAAUUUAAUGGUAUAAAGUUGAUUUAUUGGACUCCUCCAAGAAUCAAACGGAUUACGAAUAUGACUUGUAAUCAUGUAUGCUUUUUUAAGGUACUUGCUCGUCCUUGGUCAAGGUGCGGAAAUUUUAAUAUAUCUAAGCGGGGAUGCGUGGAUGUUGAAUUUGGAAGUUUAUCUCAUAUCCUAAGGUGUGGGGUCCAUGCUGAAUGCAUCUGUCCUCUUGUUCAACAUUCUUUUUCAAACAUUGUCAUGCCUUCCCCCCACCUCUUAAACUCUUGUUUGGAGCUUUCACAUUCGAAUUCAAUGGAAACAACAUAUAAUGAUUUUGACUCACCUUUGGAGGGCUCUCAUGAUGAUGGAUGUGAUUCGAGUUUGUCACUGUGCACUUCUCCCAUGGGAAGAAAUUAUCUGCCUCCUCAGCCUCAAGUCACUGUCCCUGAUGACACUAGCCACAUUUCUUUGCCAAAAUUACGCUUGGGUCUGCCAGGUUUGGGAGUUGGCUUAACUGCUAGUGAGGGGUUUCAUUUGGGUUCUUCUUCAAUGGCCCAUAACUUUGUCAGUGAUGAUGAUUCUGACUUCAAUUUGUAUUCUCCAUUGAAGAAAAUGAGAAAAUCUUGAUCGAACUUGGGAGAAGAUAUACGCCUCCAUCUAAAAAAGAACCUUGAAACAAUUUUCUUCUUCAUGGUUCUCAUUCCAUUUCUUUAGCAUUUGAUGCCAAGGAGAGCCUUACUCAGGAUUAUGAUUCCAAGUAUUGAAGGCAAAUGUACAUCCUCGAGAAUAGGACUCCUAGCUUCUGUACAAGUAUUGCUGGAACAAGUUGGGGAACUGAAAAAAUUUUGGAUGACAUGAAAAAAUGUGGCCACGGUGUUCAGAUUAUCCAGCACCAUGAUUUUUUCCUGGAUGACUGUCUUGGGGAAUAUUUGCUUCUUUUUCCUAAAUUAUUGAAGAAGGUGGAAAAGCUGAAAUUGAUGUGCCUAUAGUUUGUAGCAGCAACUUAGUGAUUGAUAUCAUUUAUCCUUGAGAUUCUCAAGCUAGAAGAAUUGUUGGAUGGUUUAGUUGGGAAUUCAAAAACUCCAUCAAGGGCAGUCAAUUUACUCCCAAAAGAUCUAAGAUCCUAUUUCUAUUUUGAGGGAAUUUAAUGUUGAACUUGAGAGCAACAUUAAAAAUGGAAAUAGUGGCAUCUUUGGAUUGGGGCUUCUCCUAAUAGGGAUUUCAAAAUUUCUGAGGAUGAAAUAACAUAAUUUUUGGGCGAUUGUUCAACCUGAGCAAAGUGCAAGUCAAUUUGUUUCAAGCAACAGUGCCAACACAGAAAAUUUAAGCAGCACAAGUAGGCCAGGGUUGAUUGAAAAUGAGGACAGGCUUCCUGGAGCUGUGCUGCUUGCAAGGGCUAGGCUUCUGGAGAG